GUUGUUAAAGUGUGUUUCGUGUUUUGAGUUUGACUUUGACUGUUUUGUGUUGUGUGUUGUGUUAGUUAUAAAAUAAUUAUUUUGAAAAUAAUCUAUCCAUGAAUUGAAGGGUUAUUUCUUUCACAAAGCUAUAUUCAUUUAACCUUAUUUCAAAGUUUCUCGUAUGGUAUCUUCUGUUCUUCGAAAAUGAGUUUAACAAAGGGAAUAUUUAAAUGCUGAGAGGAAGGAUUUGCGUUUGUUUGACAGUUUUGCCAUAUUUUAGGGGCAGUCCACGGAGAUACAACAGCAGCAUGGUCCAGCAGUCAGUCAAGCUACGGGUGGACAAUGUGGUCAAGUCUGUGGAAGAUAAACGCAGCUACCGAGGUCUGCAGCUGCAGAACGGCCUCCGGGUGUUGCUCAUCAGCGAUCCUACCACGGACAAAUCAGCAGCAGCUAUGGACGUCAAUAUUGGUUUUAUGUGUGACCCUAAAGAGCUACCAGGCCUGGCUCAUUUCUGCGAGCACAUGCUAUUCUUGGGAAGUGAGAAAUAUCCUGUAGAGAACGAGUACAACAAGUACCUGUCAGAGCACGGUGGUAGCAGCAACGCGUCCACCUCAAGUGAUCACACCAACUUCUACUUCGACAUUGUACCUGAGCAUCUGUCUGGCGCUCUGGACCGGUUUGCCCAGUUCUUUCUGUGCCCAUUGUUUACCGAAAGUGCCACAGAAAGAGAGGUAAAUGCUGUCAAUUCAGAACAUGAGAAAAAUUUACCAAACGACUCCUGGCGCCUGGAUCAAUUAGAGAAGUCCACGGCCAAGCCAGACCACCCUUACAAUCAGUUUGGAACUGGAAACAAACUCACCCUUAGUAUUAUUCCAAAAGAAAAAGGAAUAAAUGUUCGAGAUGAACUUUUGAAAUUCCAUGACAAAUGGUACUCCUCCAACAUCAUGUCUCUUGCCAUAUUAGGAAAAGAGGACCUGGACACAUUGGAGGAGAUGGCUGCCAGUUUGUUUGCCAAUGUUGAGAACAAGAACAUCACAGCUCCAGUGUGGCUGGAACAUCCGUACGGACCUCAACAACUGCAGAUGAAGGGCUACGUUGUGCCUGUCAAGGAUCUGCGCAACCUUAAUAUCAACUUUCCUAUCCCAGACCUGCAUGAGUACUACAAGUCUGGGCCGGGCCACUACCUGAGCCAUCUGUUUGGCCACGAGGGCCCUGGCAGUCUGUUGUCAGAGCUCAGGUCCCGAGGUUGGUGCAAUAGUCUCGUAGGUGGUGUCCGCCAUGGCUCCAGAGGCUUCUCAUUCUUUGGCAUCAACGUUGAUCUCACAGAAGAGGGUAUUGAGCAUGUGGACAGCAUUGUGAAACUGGUGUUUCAGUAUGUGUCACUGCUGAAGAAAGAAGGACCUAAGGAAUGGAUUUUUGAAGAAUAUAAAGAUAUAAUGGCUAUGCACUUUAGAUUUAAAGAUAAGGAAAUGCCCAGAAGCUAUGUUACAAACAUUUGUGGCAAUUUGCAUGACUAUCCCAUUGAUGAGGUUCUAAGUGGAGGCUAUUUACUUAGUGUCUGGCGUCCAGAUCUGAUUGAAAAAGUCCUUGGAUACUUAAAUCCAGAUAAUGUCAGGGUUGCUGUCAUUGGAAAGAAAUUUGAAAGUGAAACAAAAGAAGAGGAAAAGUGGUAUGGGACCAAGUAUAAAUUGGAAAAGAUCCCUGCUGAUGUAAUAAAGGACUGGAGCGAUGGAAGUUUGUGUGAUUCCUUACAUCUACCUUUAGUCAAUGAGUUCAUCCCGACUGAUUUUAAUAUUCUACCCAGAGACGAGAAUCCUACCCAGUACCCCACAGUCAUCAGAGAUACACCUCUCAUCAGAGUAUGGUACAAGCAAGAUGAUGAGUUCCUGCUCCCCAAGGCUAAUCUCAGUUUUGAGUUUGUCAGUCCGCUGGCCUACAUGGACCCUCACUGUUGCAACAUGACCUACAUGUUUGUGUUGCUGUUCAAAGACGCCCUCAACGAGUAUGUGUAUGCGGCUGAGCUAGCUGGCAUGAGGUGGGAACUCACCAACACCAAGUACGGCAUGGUGUUGGGCAUUGGAGGAUACAACAACAAGCAACAUGUGCUACUCAACAAAAUAAUUGAAAAAUUGACUAACUUCAAGAUUGACCCUAAACGAUUUGAAAUCCUCAAAGAAAACUACAUUAGAGGCUUGAAGAAUUUUGAAGCUGAACAGCCGUACCAACAUGCUGUCUACUUCUUAGCUGUGAUCCUGGCAGAACAGGCUUGGACUAAAGAAGAGUUGCUUAUUGCAGCGGCAGAUCUCACAUUGGAACGUAUGGAAGCAUUUAUUCCUCAGAUAUUGUCUCGAAUGUUUAUUGAAUGCCUUGUCCAUGGAAACGUUGACAUGAAGACUGCCCAGUCCGUGGUACAGUCCGUGGAAGAUCAGAUACAGUCCAGUGUCUCCUUAUGACAAUUACUGCCCCGUCAGCUGCUGCGCAACCGCGAGAUACAGCUGGCGGAUGGCUCCGAUUACAUCUAUGAACGAUACAACAAGCUCCAUCGAAGCUCUUGUACAGAAAAUUACUACCAGACUAGUCUGCAGUCUACACAGUCUAAUAUGGUUCUUGAGUUGUUUUGUCAAAUCAUAACAGAGCCUUGUUUUAACAUUCUUCGAACUCAGGAACAACUAGGAUACAUAGUGUUUAGUGGGAUUCGCCGAUCCAACGGAGCUCAAGGGUUGCGUAUAAUUGUACAGUCAGAUAGACAUCCUGCUUACGUAGACCACAGAAUUGAAGAAUUCCUAAUUCAGAUGAAGAAACAUCUGGAGGAGUUGAGUGAGGAAGAGUUUGAGAGACACAAGGAGGCGUUGGCCUCUCAGAGACUGGAGAAGCCCAAGCGACUGAGCGCUUUGUCUGCCCGCUACUGGUCUGAGAUCACACUGCAGCAAUACAACUUUGACAGAGCCAACAUAGAGGUGGCUCACUUGCGCACACUCACCAAGCCUGACAUCAUCAGCUUCUACCAGGAGAUGAUCAGUCCUGACUCGCCACAGAGACACAAGUUGUCUGUCCACGUAGUGUCUACAGCCGAGGGUGGAGCAGGCGACACAACCUCGAGUGAGAACAAGGAGGAGGUCAAAUCUAAGGCUGUCAAGAUUGACAAUAUCACACAGUUCAAGAGCAGUCAAAGUUUGUUCCCCCUCGUACAACCGUUCAUCAGCAUAGGGUCAGUCACCAAGUCAAAGUUAUGAUGAUCCGUCACAGCCUAGUAGUUAGAAACAUAAUUUGAAAAGCGAAAUAUUUGUCUUUGCGGACUAUAAACACAUCAUUUUUAUAGUGAAACCACUUAAUGCGGGAAUUUCUGUUUUUCUGCAUACAGAAUAUCUCACCUAAAGUGAACCACUAGCUAACUUUAUUGUUAUGAGAUAUAGAGUUAACUUCUUAAGGGGCACUCCCCUUUAUUUUUAGGAUGGUUAUUGAGGUGGUUUUGCAUUUUAAAAACAUGUCCGCCAUUAUCCAAUAUGGCCGACCAAUUUUUUUAAAAUAAAAUACCCUGUAUUUUAGGAUUAAUUGCAUUCAAAUUCUAAAACAAUCAUAAAAUACGGGGUAUUCCAUAAGGAAUAACAAAGUUGUCAGCCAUAUUGGAAAAUGGCAAACAUAUUUUUAAAUUGAAACCAUCCACAAAAACAUCUUAAAAAGUAAAAGGGAGUGCCCCAGAAGAAGUUAACUCUAUAUCUUAUAGUAAAAAAGUUCGCUAUUGGUUCACUUUAGGUGAGAAACCCUGUAUAAUGUACUUAAAAAGUGUAGCUGUUCAAAGUUUUGUCAAUUUACUUUAAACAGCAUUGGUUGAAGGAGUAAUAACUUUGAAAAAAGUUUAAUCUUACUCAAAAUAAGUACAACCUAACACAGUACAUGUCUCCCAUGUUAUAUCCUUAAGGACGAUAAAUGGAUAAUUGAAAAUUUGUUGUUUAUGGUUUGUAUUUUAAUAAAAUUUAGCAAAUGUAUUUAUUUGAUUAUAAGCUGUAUAAUAAAGUUGACUGUUUUGAACCAAUUUUAUUCAUACUAAGAUUAUAUUUUUGUUAUAUUGGUUUGGAUUUGUACUGGUAGUCUGCAGGUUUGCUGUGGUAUUGCCAGUACAGUAGAUCCAGUCUUAUCAGGGCUCUGGUCCGAGACACUGGCCAGAAGAACUAACCUGUUAAGUCUCUUAAGAGGAGAGUUAGUUGGAGUGUUAAGAUAAGUAACUUAUUAGUCGCUUUUGGGAUAAUUUUUGAAAAAAAUACAAACGUUGCUCAACCAAUAGAACGUUUACUUGUAAGAAAAAAUGGAUAGGUAAAAAAUCAAAUGAAUAGAUAGGUAACAUAAAUUAAUGUUACUGUAAUUGAAGACUUACUAACCGCUCUGAAAUAAUCAAACAACGUUUCAGAGACUAGGCCUACUAUAGUUCAACUGAGUAGUUAAUUUCAGUGAAUUUAGAAUGUAAACAAACAAAUAAACCGUAAAAGCACUUGAGACACAGAAACUUAUACAUGCUUCUAAACAUCUGUGAGACAUGGGAAAUAUUGACUCUAAGCCGUUUUGCUAUUGGCUUCCUAUAUGUGUCCAGAUAAACCGAGGAACGGUAAAACAAAAGCCAGAUAUGAGGCACCUUACUGUAUUUUAACCUUGGUUAGAAAAUAACACUGUAAUUUCAAACACCCAUUGCAUGGUAGAGCUAUAUAAAAAAGGUAUUGGAAGAUUCCAAACGAGAUACAUAACACAUGCAUCAACGUUGAUUUCCCAUUGAGAAUUUGAUGUAGUAAAUAAUGUGUUAUUGUAUUUUAAAAUAUUUCAAAAGUGCUUUUGCGAUAUCAUGUUUGGUUAUCUAGUUUUAAUGCAGUUGGAAUAACUACCAUUGAUAAAAAGGAAUCUAUUGAUCCAUCUAUUUGAAGCGCAGUUAGCUUACAUAUCUUUUGCCAAAUAAUAUAGUUUUACUCAAAAUGUAAAAAAAUUUGUACAGUAUAAUAUUUUAAACAUAGUUUGAAAUGCUCAUUACAAAAACGUAAUAUGAGAGUACAGAUUAGACUAAAUUUACGCUAACAUUUGUGGUUAAUCACCACUUUUUACUGACGGAUCUGUAAGGAAUAUUUUAACACUUGGUAUGCUUAUUAUAAACCCCAUGGGAGUAUUGAAGCAUAACUCCAUAUCUUAGGCAGGUUUUGUUUAAAAAUGUUCAUGAAGAAAUCCCAGUUAAAAGCCAGAUAUGUGUGAGUCUCCUAAAUUUUAAAAAUCAAUUAAAUAUUUAUAUAGUAUUCAAAUUAUAUUGAUUGACUUUGGAUUUUCCCACCAAAAUACAGAAAACGAAAACAUAUUAAAAUACUACCAAACCAAAGAAGCUGGUAUGGUUUUCUAUCUAAGCAGGGCUUCUAAAUGAAAUAAUAGAAUGUGGGCCUUUUAAAGGCAUAGUAAUUUUUGAAAUGUCAGUUAAUAUAUACAAAUGAAAAUGUUUGAUUAGUUAUUAUGGUUUUGUUAUGUUUUACAGUACUUAAUAGUAUUUAUAUCUAAUACCAAAAACUUUUGCAAUUAAAAUUAUGUGGUGAUUAGUUUA